AUGGUGUUUGCAAAUGCUAAAUUAAACUCUGUGAGCGAACAGCUGAUGGACGAAUACCUUCUCAUCAACUCACAGUUGGCGGGAACUUUUGUUGUCAAAUCAAACAUGAACAUGGAGAGCGCGUUACAUGAAAUGAUCGCGAGCACAACUGUUAAGACAGAUUUCGUCGAGGUGGAGGGUGUCGUUAAAUCAUGGAUGAUUGAUUUUUACUUCGCGUCGUUAUGUCGCCUCUUCCAAGACAGAUCUGCCAACUUCCACAGUACUCUGAAAAUAUUUGAAGCGAUAGUGGAUGAGCAGCAUCAGUCAUGUUCAUACAGAUGGGAUGAUCCCUCUCAGAGAACCAUCUGCUGUUUCCUCGCCAGAGUGUUAGAUGGGGAAAACCUGGAUGUCCAUUAUGAUCAAAACGCUAAAAUCACCCCAAUGAUGUCAGCACUGCCGGUUUGGGAGUCAUUGGAGGAUCUCGUGUCAGAUGCUUCUUUACAUGCUAAGAUCAGGACUCUAUUGAUUGUUCAGUGUGUCGCCGUGUGUUUGAGGAAUGGGAAUUCACAGAUGGCAAAGGAUACCCUGCAAUGGCUGGAGACGGAGACUCGGUUACCAGAGAAGCUACAAGGAAAGUUAACCACCAUUGUGAAAAGGAAGGAUGCUUAUGACCAACUCCUGAUGAAAUUUACCUACAGUCAGCUAUUGGAAAGCAUUGACAUAUUCCUUAACACCUUUCUCCAGGACCGUUCUUCUGAUUUCUUACUGGAAGCAGCUUCAAAAGUGGUCCAAGCACGUCAUGAGAAAUCUGAGAAAACCUCCUCUGAACAGGACAGUGAUGUGAGGGUGUCAUCCACCCCAGAGUCUAACAACCCAAAAGAGAAUAAGGAACAGGUGGAUCCACUUGUACCAAAUAUCAGACCCAAAAAGACACUUUUCUCAAAACAAAGUCAUGAGCCUUGGAAACCAGAAACAAUUAAGAAAAGGCAAACCAAGCUCAGGAGAACCUCCAUUUGUAAGGUUUCCAGGAGGAGUAAUGCCCCUUCAGUGUUAAAAAGCGAUAACAUUGCAACAACGCGAACCAAGAGGAUGUGGACUUACAAAGAAGAUUUGGGGCUUAAAGCAGGUGUGAGGAAGCAUGGGGAGGGGAAGUGGGCCAUGAUCCUCAAUGAGUUUGAGUUUGAGAACCGGACCAGUGUCAUGCUAAAAGACAGGUGGAGAACCCUGAAGAAACUAGAAAAGGUCUGA